AUGGUCCGCAACAUCGUUUUGCUCGGCGGCAACUCGCAUCCCCGUCUGACGGAGAAUGUCUCCAACAUGCUCGGCAUUCCUUCAUGCGAUCGUAUCCUGAGCAAAUUUUCUGGUGGUGAAAGCCGCUGCGAAAUCAAGGAUUCCGUCCGUGGCAAGGAUGUCUACAUCAUUCAGUCCGGCUCCGGCCACGUCAACGACAACCUCAUCGACCUCUGCAUCAUGAUCUCCGCGUGCAAGACCGGAUCUGCAAAACGCGUCACCGCAGUCGUCCCUCUCUUUCCCUACUCGAGACAGCCCGAUUGGCCCUACAACAAAGCUGGCGCGCCACUGUCCAAGUCCACCGAGACAUCCAAAAAAGACUACACUUUUGAGAGUGUGCCGGCCACACCUCGCCCUGGCGGCCCUCGUAGCCAUGGCCUGAACGGUGCCUUCAGCCUAUCCGAAAAACUUCAAAAGACGACUAUUGCAGAGACCAACGAUACAGAUUACUUGCCAAAGAGGUCAGAUACGUUGUCCAGUAUUGGCUCCAAUGGUCGCGGACAUACAGCCGAGAAUUCCACCUCAUCCCAACGAAGCUUCACCACCCAUGAUUAUGAGAAUCCCAACAGUGUCGCUGCCACCUUCCAGGCUAAGCCCGGCUAUAAGCAGUGGGUGGCCCAGGCCGGUACUCUAGUUGCCGACCUCCUUACUUGCGCCGGUGCUGACCAUAUCAUCACCAUGGAUCUGCACGACCCCCAAUACCAGGGCUUUUUCGACAUUCCUGUGGACAACCUCUACGGCAAACCACUCAUUCAGAAUUACAUCCAGAAGCACAUUCCCGGCUAUAGGGAAGCCGUCAUCGUGUCUCCGGAUGCUGGUGGGGCGAAGCGAGCUACCGCGAUCGCUGACAGUCUCAAGAUGGACUUUGCCCUCAUUCACAAGGAACGCCGCCCCAUUAAGUUUACUGAACAGCGAAACGCUAGCAUGAUGCUCGUUGGCGAUAUUGCCAAUCGCGUUUGCAUCUUGGUUGACGACCUGGGAGACACUGCCAACACCAUCACACGAGCUGCGAAGCUCCUGAAGAAGGAGGGAGCAACCAAAGUCUAUGCUUUGCUCACCCACGGUGUCUUCAGUGGUGACGCAAUCCCCCGUCUUAAUGCAUCUGCCAUUGACAAGAUCAUUGUGACCAAUUCGGUUCCCCAGGACGAGCAUCGUCGUCUGUGCCCCAAGCUGGAGGUACUGGACGUUUCUCCCAUCUUUGCUGAAGCUAUUCGCCGAGUUCACCACGGUGAAUCCAUCAGCAGGCUUUUCCAGUACGACUAA